AUGGGCAGCAGCACCUUCGAGUGUGAUUGUAUUCCUCUCUCAAAUUUGGAAUCCUUGAAACGCUCAAAUAAUGCACCGCUUCCUGCCCAAGCCGAUGCUAUCCGAGGCAUGAUCGCUCAACACAAACAGGACCUUGGUACCCUCGAUUUACAGGUGGAAAAUAUGAAGGGUUACAAGCAAUACUUGUUGGAACAAGUCACUCGCGUCGAUGGAUUAAUUGAAGAAUUCCAUCAGCAGCGCGAGAAGACAUGCUCCGCCAUCCAGGAAGAGCAGAUGGUCCUCAGUCCCGUCAGGCGGCUACCCGCGGAAGUGCUGUCAGAGAUCUUCUUCCAGACGGUGGAAUUCCCAAUUAAACGUACCCUCACUAGAGAGGAGUCCCCCCAUUGGAGUUUCCACCCUGCGGAGAGUACCCUGAUGUCGGUCGAGCUCGUUUCGAAGCAUUGGCGGAGAACAGUGCUUUCUUUCCCAAAACUGUGGUCCUACGUCAAUAUCUUGAUCACGGAGCAAAGUUUUAAAGACGAUUCUCAUGGAAUCAUACGACGCGUGGCACAGCAGCUAAACCGUAGCAAGCUGUACUCACUUUCGUUGUGUAUCAGCUGCUCCAAAGAGACCAGUUCAAAGUUCACACAUUUUCCCUUAGCCUUGACCACUAUUCUUCUCAUGGUUGGAAGUCGAACGAAGGAGCUUCACCUUUUUGUUUCCUCGUCGAUGCUCUCACAUUUUGCAUCGCUGAAAUUGUCCUUUCCUCUGCUCGACAAGUUGGCGCUUUUGAUAAGUGAUGUUCCAUUACCCAGGCUCAGUCAAAAACGCCCCUGGCUUCUCAGCAAUGCACCAAAGCUCAAAAAAUUUGAGGUUAUUGAUGUCACCUUUCCCUCAUACUUAUUCAGACUCCCUUUUCAUCAAAUUCGACAUUUCAAAAGCGAGCAUAUAGUUACCUCAACUGUUUCUCGUGGACCUGCACCAUUCGUUUCAGACUUGCUGGAUUUCCUCGGAGCGGCAACAGAUUUGGAGACAUGUGUUGCCGAGCUUGAAACUGGAAACAGCGACGCAUCACUUGUUCAGAGUCGUGUUCACGUCUAUCCCAUCUUAUGUUGUCGACUCAAUUCCCUAAACUUGUCGUCGUCAUUCUCGAAGGAUCACGCAACUAAAAAUGCGAUGAAGCAGUUCUUCAACGGACUGAUUCUUCCAGCCGUCUCUUCGAUUAAGGCCACUUGCCUUGUCGGACACCAAGAGAGGGAAGAAGCCGUCGUAUUCACGUCCUUGCGAGGGCUUCUCGAGCGCUCCAAGCCACCCCUCACCAUCCUCCACUUCACACACGGACAUAUACUUCCCGACGACCUCCUCCAUGUUUUACGCAUCACUUCUACACUAGAAGACCUACGUCUCUUAGACGUCGGCCCCGGGACGAUCACAGGCGAGAUCCUCGACGAUCUAAAUGCCAGCAAGGAAAACUACACUGCACCACGUCUACGCACGCUCCAUCUGAGCGGUGAGCUGGAUUUCUCAACAGGGUCGUUCGUUGAGAUGGUAGAGUCGCGCUGGACGUUGGCAGAAAACCGAUUACAGCGCAUCGAUCUCUGUCUGUUCAGUGCAAAUGCGGAGCCUAAUGUGGAAGAAGCGACACGUUUGGAGUCGUUGUCUGUGUUACAUCGACAUCGUGCGCAAGGAAUGUCAUUCACCUGCAAAUUCCGUUGA